GUCAUUCAUAAACACGGGCUGGAGUGAGGUUGUUGUUUUAGUCAGUUACUCGGAAAUACAAGUCACAAGCAGCACAGGCUAUGGUGAGCCCGUCGAACACACCUGGCACAGAUGUGCGUGGGAGUCAGGUUCGGUGCGCCAUAUAUAAAGGCGCGGGGAUAAUGGACGUUCACUCUCACUCGACCAUGACAUCGGGACGCUCCAGUGUGGUCCGAGCCCUGCUGUUGGUGACCCUCGUCCUGUCGCUCUUUGCGGAUGGCUCGGCUGUGCAAGUCUUCAGUCUCUCGCAACAGGCUCGUUACCUCCGACACCGGGAUAAAGUGCACUUUAUAAACUCCAUCGUUAAACAUUUAUUUAAACGCACGCAACCGUAUAGAAGCACAGAUAUGGAGACCAGUAUUCGUGAGAAUUACGUGUACGUACCUAAAACUAUCAUAGACACCAGCACCACGCUUCACCAGGGCGUCAACUGCUCGGCAUUUCGCGUGACACACCACGUCAACACUUUCACCGAAGAACUGCACCGUAGUCCGACGUGGCUCCACAGCUCCUCCAUGAUCGGUGACUGCCCGACGCGUUACGUAAAGAAGAACAUGAACGAGCCCAUACAAUAUUUCCCUGAAAUACUGGAAGCACAGUGCAUCUGCGAGGACUCCCAGUGUUCGCAAGACGGCUACAGAUGCGAGCCUCUCAAGUACAAUAUGCUUGUCUGGAAAUUUGACAGUUUCAGCAACAGGUCGUUUUCAGAAUACGAGUACUUGACUGUAGCCUGUGUCUGCGCAAGACGACCCAGCAGCAUUGCUGGUUCCAGUGAGACACUCGGUGAACCAAGUUAAGCAGACACCAUGAUGACCUCCUGAUGCAGAAAAAACGAUAACUGAACAAAAAUUGAGAAAAAAUAUUAUAUACCUAAAGUACGAUAGUUUCCGAGAUAAAAUAUUAAGUGAAUAAUUUUAAAUGUUACAUAUCGACUUCCUUCUUAUGCCAGCAGACAAUCACUGUCAUAGACUCUGCUCCGACAAGCUUCUACACUUAUCCUGAAGACAUUAAUUAUUUCUAGUAACAGCACUGCUAGCAACACUAUUCCUAGCCCCAAGAACCACUACCAGCAGCAAUACUACUGAUAGCAUCAACCUCAACUAGCAGCACAUCUCUACUUUCUAGUCACAACCGCUGCUAGCCCCAACCAGUCGCAACCACUACUAAUAGCAACAGCACUGCUACUAGCUCAACCACUACUAAUAGCCACUAGCAAUGCUUGAGGCUACCUGCUUCAAGAAUUGCUACGAACAACACAACAGCUAGCAGUAACAACUAAUAACACCAACACUACUGCUAGUAACAGCACUAAUGCUAGCCUCAACUACUAGCAGCAAACAUACUGCUAGUUUCAAGUACUACUAACAGCAUCAACACUACUACUGCUACUCUUAAGCAUUGCAGGCACCAACUACCCUACGACUGCUAGCCUAAGGCACUGCUAGCAACAAUUACACUACUACUGUUAGCCACAGCCACUAAAAGCAGUAACUACAAGUAGAUACUGGAGUUCUUCUGGAGUUCUAACACCAGAAGUAACUAGUUUCUGUAAACUACUAGCAGUUUUCGUGGUGCAGCGGUAAAGGACUCGCCCAGCGCUUUGGCCUGGGUUCGUAUCCUGGCCGGGGAGGAUUGACCUUGUGCUAAUCCUUAACUGUAGCCUCUGUUUACCCAUCAGUUAAUGAGUUCCUGGUUGUUAAACGAUUUGGCGGGUCGUAUUC